UUCAUAAAUUAGUUGUGCGCGACGCGACGCGACGCGACGCGACGCGACGUUCGCGUCAUUAAUGAAAAUGAUGUGUCGCUAAACCGCGUGAAGAUAAGGAUGCGCUGCUGAAAGAUAAAGAGACGAGAGAGAGAGAGAAAAAAAAAUCACUCCGCUCUUCUCAAUCAACUGCGUUUUUCUACAUUUACUGCCAUUAGAAGAAAUAGAUUCUAUAUUUUUUCGAAAUGAGAAUAUAUCAAAUCCUUAACAAGUAUUAUAAGUGCAGUCAGCAUCGGGAUGGGGCCGCGAUGGGAAUUCUCUGCGAACCACUGUGCAACGAAAAGGGAAUACACUCGCUAGCAUGCGAGACGCUUCACGCAGGCAAGGAGGCCGUUUUCUCCGCGCAUUGGGAAGCGACCCGACUUGUAUUUAAAGCUUCGAGGAUCAAAACACCAUCGGAGCAAUUCGAGUCGCUCUAUUGGGUGGACACGAGCGGUUCGCGGCACUUCCCGUCCGAGGAGGAGUUUGUCGUCAUGAUCAGAGACUUGGUUAUCAAUAAAUUAAACGUGACCCUCAUGCAACAUCAGCUGGAAAGACUCGCCCGGUUACGCACCCAUCGUGUCGAGACCGAUCCCGUGAAACGUCGAUUGGAGAUGGAGAAUCUCUGGCCGUUACUACAGGAAAACGAGUAUUUAAUGGCGAUUUUGUACGAGGAUAGGGACGUGUUCCCGCAACCGAUCGGCACGUGCGGCACGUUCUACGCGGUCGAGUACGUCCGGCCGAUCGAGACGCCCACGACGGUGCUAGCCCUAUCCGACUCGAAACCCGAAUGGGCCAAGAGGCUUAAACUCGCCGUAAUGAUCCUGAAUCUGCUCGAAGAGCUGGAGAUAUACUUCCCGGAGCCGCUUUAUCUCUGCGACGUGAAGAUCAAUCAUUUCGGUUUACCCCUCGGCGGACAAAAAUUGAAAUUCUUAGACCUGGACGCGAUCUUCCCUAAAACCGUCAUCGAUCGCAUCAUCGCCGAUGGUAAAAAUUGCGAGAAGAAUGAAGAUUGUGAUUAUUUCGACUGCCGAUCGGUGUGCUCGAAAAACAAACGCUGCGAAUCUCCGGUAUUGAAUAAUAAUUUACAGAUUAUUUGCGAGAAAAUUUUUCUCGGCUGGACGCUCUCAGGGACGAUAAUUAUUCCCGGAUUGCUCAUGUCGGAGCACACCACUAGCACGCUGGCGGUAUUAUUGAGACAAUGCGCUAAUCCAAGCGGCGACAUGACGCAUUUACCACGUGCGGCAGCGCCAGGCAGCCUAAAGAAACGACUUUACAACAUGUUGAGUGAGAUGGAACAAGAGUAUUCUGCAUUUGUAUGAAAAGGAAGAUUGACAUUUUCUAAUGUAGAAAAUGCGAUACAUUCGAAAUUACAAAAUUUAAAUAUCGUAUUUUUGGUGACAAUGGAACGAAAAAAACGCUGUAAACCUACGUAAUGGGAAAUAAUAGAAACAUUUUUAGACCUUUUCUUUUUAGAGAUUAUCGAAACUGUACAUGAACCAUUCGUUCAAAAUUAAAAAUCGACAUGUACAAUCCGUAUACCAGUAUAUUUAUAUUAGUAUAGAGCUUGUAUAGACGAGCCUAACAAAUGUGUAUACUUUUAUUUUAUCCAACUCACGUAACGAGAAUAUCUAAUAGAGGCUGAGUGAGAUACUAUAAAGAUAUAGUUUAUAAUUG